AUGCAUCAUAAUAGAGGAAAACCUUACUCUUUUCCUCCUAGUAAAUUUGGAAGUCGUGUGAAUUAUCAACCAUACAGUUUUUCAGUUGGAAAAGGAGCUAGUAGUGGUAAUGGAAAAGGAAAUGGAAACAGAUAUAGUUAUGGGAGUGGUAGAGGAAACCCCAAUGGACGAGGAGUUAGUAACGAAAAUAGUAACAACAUGAGUCAAGUAUCGCGCAACAACAGUGGUAAUAAUGGUGAUUCAGCUACUCCUAUCCGAUGUCACAUGUGUGGUAAGCAGGGUCACAUGGCAUAUGAAUGUAGAGAUGUUGGAAUUACUUGGUUUAAUUGUCAACAACAAGGCCACAUUAGCACCACAUGCCCUUACCCAAGGAAGACUCCACAACCUGUAAACCAGAGUUCCCAAGCCAGCCGACCUAAAUCCAAUGGAAGAGUCUUUGCCCUCAGUGGUGCAGGAGCGUCUGAGAAAGACAACUGGAUCCAAGGUACAUGUCUCAUAAGUGGUACUCCUUUAUUUGUACUAUUUGAUUGUGGUGCCACUCAUUCCUUUGUGUCUCUUGAUUGUAUUAGACGUUUAGGACUACAUGUAUCUCGUUUGCAGUAUGAUUUGAUUGUGAAUACCCCAACUAGUGAUUCUAUCAAUACCUCCAGUGUUUGUCUUGACAUUUCCAUCCAUGUGUUGAAGGGACUUUCGAGUUGA